AGUCGGUGACUGGACGGCAGGCGGAGGACCAACCAACGGGGCGACUUUUCACAUGAACCGGCGGCCUCACCGGCGAGGUGUCAGCGGUAAAUGAAGACUGAAGACUUGUCUUUUUGUCCGGAGUGACAGUUUCCAUGUUUUUUUGGAGCGUGUGCCGAUAACGCUGGACGGUAAACGGGAUGAAGUUCACCAAAGAUAUCUGCCGGCUGCUGGGCUUAGGAGGCGGAGGGCCAUGUGAGGAGGAGAUGGAGGUUCAGAAUGGAGCUCCUGACCUGACAGACAGAAGAAAAGACCAAGGCUCAUCACAGCAGACUAUGCUGAACAGCGAGGAGGGUUUGGAUGAUGACGAGAGAACGAGAAGAAGAGCUGAGAGGAGGAGAGCGAAAAGAAAAAGGCAGAAAGAGCGAAAGAAACUAGAGAGAGAGGAGAGGAUGGAGGAUGCUUCAGAGCAGGAAGAGGAAGCGGCUGGAGCGGUGUCAGAGAGUGACAGUGAGGAGGAACUGAAAGAGGAGGAGGAAUGGACCUCCGUUCGUCCCAGACACCGAUGCAACCCUGAACCGGUCCCUGCCCUCAUGACAAGACAGAACAAGAGCAACAGCGAGCUGCCCCACAGGACCUCGGAGGAGGAGCCAGAAUGGGAUGUCAGCAGUGCAUUUGUGGCCAACGCUGCGAGCCACAUCAAAGUCAAAGCCCUGAAGAACAGAGCAAAUCAGAUCUCCAGAGAGAACAAGGAGAACGAGGCCAGGAGCAGCCAGGUGGAGUGCACAGAAGAAAUGAGGAGGAGGGGGGAGUCUCUGACAGUGCAGGGCAUUCAAUUGUUCGGACAGGGCCAGUACAGCCAGGCAGUGGACAUGUUUACAGAAGCCAUCUACUGUGACCCCAACGACCACAGGUUCUACGGAAAUCGCUCUUACUGUUACUGGUGUCUGGAGCAGUACUCCUCCGCCCUCACGGACGCUCAGAGGUCCAUUCAGCUUGCUCCUGAUUGGCCGAAGGGAUACUUCCGUAAGGGGUGUGCUCUGCUGGGGUUAAAGCGGUACAGUGAGGCGGAGGCAGCCAUGGAGCAGGUGUUAAAGUUGGAUCCGAACUGUAAAGAAGCGUCCAGUAAACUGUUUACCUGCCAGGUCCUGCAGCUCACGGUGAGAAGGUUGGGUUUUGAGGAAGAGCAGAGUAAACUGCUGCUGGAGAAGUUCACCACAGUUCAGGCGGUCAUCACUUCAUCCGAGGCACAAACACUGAAGCACACGUCUCAGCAGGACCAGAGUGGGAGCUGUCGCUCUCUUUGGGUCGGGAACAUUACAUUGGAAGUUACAGAGAAAGACCUCUUGGAUCUCUUCAAAAUAUUUGGUGAGAUAGAAAGCAUCCGAGUUCUUCAUGAGCGUUUCUGUGCUUUCAUCAACUUCAAGAAUGCCAACAUGGCUGCCAAAGCCCUGGAGAGGCUGCAGGGGGUGGAGCUGGGGGGCAUGAAACUGGUGAUGAGGUACCCGGACCGUUGGAUCCAGCGCACCCUGCCCUCCAUACAGAGGACCAACACCAGCCUCAGCUCCAUCGCUGCAGGAACACAGCAGAGCUCAGCUGCCGCAGGGUACCAAGAAACGUCCAGACGGUGUGCGCCUAUAAAUGGAGACGAGUGCUUUUACUGGCGGACCACAGGCUGUUUCUAUGGCGACAAGUGCCGCUUCAAACACAUACCAGACCAACAAGGUCGUGACAAGAAAAACUGGCUACCCUAAGUGUGUCUCCCACCCAAAAUUAGCACCACGGCUCGUAAGAGAAGCAUUUACAAAGAAAAAUGAGACGAGGGACAAGGAGGACGGUGAUCAGGUUGGAAGACGAUGAUGCCUGAGGACAGCUGAAUGUGUGUGUGUGAGGAAGAGACAGUCAGAGACGGUAUGUAUGUGAUAGUCAGAGGUUUAAUUUAUUGGAUGUGUCUCUUUGGAGGGUUUUUGCUCCAGUGGGAUCCUAUAAAAGCCUGAUGAACUCCUGGUGUCUGUAUGGAGGUCCCUGCUCUGUUGGAAGUGGGUCGAUCUGUCGCCGAAGGAUUUACGUUGACAAAUAUGUCUGGUUGAAGUAUAACGGAAACGCUACGUACACCCAGCUCUGUGACUGUUGUCUGUUUAACACAAACUUUGUCUCCGUAAAAGUCCAGUGUGAAGGAUUUUGAUAUAUUGGCAGAAAUGGAAUAAGAAAAUAAGAAUCAUGUUUUUGUAACCUUAGAAUGAGUCGUUUAUAUCUUUAUACGGAGCGGGUCCUCUUCCACGGAGUCCGCCAUGUUUCUACAGUAGCCAAGAACGGACAAAUCAAACACUGCAUCUAGAUAGGAUUAUUUGUGUUUUCAUGUUUCCACAUCAGCGCUUGGCACUUGGGAGAAGACUCAGUUCUGCAGCCGCACCACUAGAUGUCACUAAAUUCAGCCCACUAGACCUUUAACACCAAUACUGUAUUGCAUUAAAGUCAAAAGUCAUUUUCGCAUCUUUUAAAGAGCAUUUGAAGUGUUUGGAAAAAAACAAUAAAUCAAUAAAAAAGACUAAAUGUUUUAAUA